AUGGAAGGAAGUGAUGAUCAUCUCCACAGGCCAAACUUUCCAUUCCAAUUGCUAGAAAAGAAAGAAGAAGAAGCCUGUUCAAGCUCCGGCUACAAUCAAUCACUAGCCAUAUCGGCCGACACAAACCCUACAAGACCCAGUUCUUCUACUCUCCAAAUCUCCGCCGAGACAUCAAAGAAGCCAGUACCAAAGAGAACCUCAACCAAAGAUAGACACACCAAGGUCGAUGGCCGUGGCCGGCGUAUCCGCAUGCCGGCACUGUGCGCCGCUAGGGUUUUCCAGCUCACUCGCGAGCUGGGACACAAGUCCGACGGCGAAACCAUCGAAUGGCUACUUCAACAGGCCGAAUCCGCCGUCAUAGCAGCCACCGGCACCGGAACAAUCCCCGCAAAUUUCACUUCACUCAACAUCUCACUUCGAAGCUCAGGUUCGAGCAUGUCCGUACCAUCUCAGCUACGAUCUACUUACUUCAAUCCAAACUUUUCACUUCCACAGAGAAGAAAUCUGUUUCCGGGAAUCGGAUUAUCACCGGAGAAUUCAUCGACGACACUUCUGAAUUUUCAAAACUCAAAUCUAAACCCUAUGUUGCAAGCAAAGCAAGAGUUAAGAGACAAUUCACUGGAGUUAUUGGAGACUGAGGAGAGUAUAGGGCGGAAGCGUAGAGCGGAGCAAGAGCUGCAACACCAAAUGGGGAGUUACUUGUUGCAGUCGAGCACGGGAGCUAUGCCGGCAAGUCAUGCCUCAAUUCCGGCGAAUUUUUGGAUGGUGGCCAAUUCGAAUAACCAGGUCAUGAGUGGUGACCCUAUAUGGACCUUUCCUUCUGUUAAUAAUAGUGCUGCUUUGUAUAGAGGCACUAUGUCUAGUGGGUUACAUUUUAUGAACUUCCCAACUCCUGUGGCACUAUUGCCAAGCCAGCAGCUAGGCUCGGGUAUUGGCAGUAGCGGUGGUGGUGGUGGUGGUGGUUUUGGUGAGGUACAAUUGGGCAUGUUUGGUGGGCUAAACCCCUAUCGGUCCGGUGGUGGUGUAUCGGAAUCUCAGGCAAGUGGGUCCCACUCACACCACGGAGGCGAUGAUCGGCAUGAUACAACUAGUCACCAUUCAUAG